CGCUUUCUCUCUCUCUCUUUCUUUAUCUCAUUAUCUCUCUGUCUCUGAAUGAAGAUCCGAGUCCGCGUCUCUCCGCCAUCCGCCGAGACAUGAGGAGCGCGAGGAGGCACGGAGCGCCGACACUGCACGAGCACGAGCACGGACUCAGACGGACACGGUUGUACGCGACCGCUUUGUGAAAUAUCUCGCGUGCGGCGGCAGCGGCGGCGCGCGCACCCGAAACUAAACACACACAAAAGGCAGAGCGGCGUCUGUUUCCCCCUCCGGUCUCCGCAGCAGCAACAGUAGAGCCCGGGCCAGAAGAGGUGGAGGAGGAUCCGGAGCCCAGGAUUUAUUUACCCACGGCGUUUAAACCGGGGAAAUACCCGCCUUUACCGGAGGAAUACGCAGCCAGCCUGUUCCCAGCAGAGGAGAUUUUAUAUUCAGUACGGAUUUUUUGUAAGAUAGGGUGUUCUGUCGAUUUCUGCUACCCUGUCAAAACGUGCAACCAGACUGUAGCGCAUAUAUAUAUAUAGCUGAAGCUUGCUAGCUACCUGUCCUCCCAUCUGAAAUCUAGCUAAUUCUAGGUGGGGCAGGUAACACUAAAGAUAUUUAGAUGGCCUAAAGCACUGUAAGGAGAAGGUAGGUAGGCUAAUUUGUGUGAUUUUUUAAUUAUUUUAUUUUAUUUUUGGAAUGGCAUUUACACCAUGGUAAUACUCAAGCAAAUAACAGGUGAUGUGUAACAAUGUAAUCAAUCAAGCAGACAACAAACAAAAUCCUAAAAAAAAAAAUCACAUGUAAACAUUUAAAAUCGUGUGUCAAUGGGCCGGCGCAUGCGCAGAGCCGCUAAGUAGUUAGCUAGCGCGUAUCGACGGGUAGCAUAAAUCGACAGAACAACUGAGCGGCGGCGAAUUGACGGUCUCGCGGAUUCGCGCGACUCCCCUCGCGCAGCGGAUUUGAGGAAUAAAUAAGCUGCCCGCGGUCCUGCUGGAGAGGAGCACUGAACGCAGAACGGACAGCGGAAGAUGCCUCAUGCCGGAUUUACUUGAAGAUGCUCUGCAAACACUGAGAAAAGACAUUCCUGCUGUGGAUUGAUUCCUGCAUUGAUAGAUUAUAAUAAUUGGGAUUAAACAGUUUGUGGAUUUUACCGAUUGACCUGCCUUUGGACGGACUGGGAGGAACAGUGGGAGUGGGUGGGAGAUGGAGAGGAGUGGAGUAAGGACUGAGAGCUGCCUUAAACUAACAGAACAGUGAGAUUGUGUCCUCCUGUGUCUCUGUGAACGAGAGCAAACGGAUAUAAAGAAGAGGUGAGCUGGUGGAGAGUCUGGUGAAAGAGAGAGAGUUUGGUGUGCCCCGUGGCAGGAGGGUGAAGGCCGGUGGUGGAUUUAUUAACACGAUCUGCACGAGAGGGUGUCCACCGCGAGAGAGAGACGGGGACUGACGCAGAGCCAGAGCUCAGGAGGGGGAGGAGGAGGAGAAGGAGGAGGAGUGGGGAGGCUCAUAGGCCAUGGCGACGGACCCCGGAGAGCCCACUGCCACGGAAGAGUCGUCCGGAGAGAAAGCUGAUGGAGAGAGGGAGGAGGAGAGGGCACAGGGCAGCCGGGCGGCCCAUGAACGAGAGAGGACUCGCAGCACGCCCUCCGACUUCCCCUCCAGCCAGACGCAGGAGAGGAGAGCGGGGCGAGGGGAAGGCGCAGGGGGAGGAGAAGAAGAAGAAGGAGGCCAGGAAUUGGAGACUCCAGCCAGGCCCUUAUCCUUCUCCACCCCGUCUUCUCCGGCCGCCGGCGGACCCCGUGUUAAGCGCGAAAACAAGCGCUUCUUCCGCAAGAGCGUAGAGAUAUGCGAGGAGGAGGAUGAGUUGGAGGAGGCCGCUGAUGCCCCUCACAGUGCCCCUCAUUUCGAGCGCCGUGCCUCGGACUCCGUGUUCAGCAGCGGAAACCAGCAGCUACCCGCCAGUGCCUCGGCUGCCCUGGGUGAGGAGGGCACCCACGGUGGUGCCCAGGAUCCAGAAAAGGGUGGCCAGUCGGUUCCUGCUCUAAAGGGGAAGGAGCGGGACCGCGAGCAAGAGGAGGAGGCAGAGAUGAAGGCGGUGGCCACCUCGCCCGGUGGACGCUUUCUGAAAUUUGACAUUGAGCUCGGCAGAGGAGCCUUUAAAACAGUUUACAAAGGCCUGGACACUGAGACCUGGGUGGAGGUGGCCUGGUGUGAGUUACAGGAUCGGAAGCUGACCAAGGCGGAGCAGCAGCGCUUCAAAGAGGAGGCGGAGAUGCUGAAGGGUCUGCAGCACCCCAACAUCGUGCGCUUCUACGAUUCCUGGGAGUCUGUGCUGCGAGGGAAGAAGUGCAUUGUUCUAGUCACCGAGCUCAUGACCUCGGGAACACUCAAAACAUAUCUGAAGCGCUUUAAGGUCAUGAAGCCAAAGGUGCUGCGCAGCUGGUGCCGGCAGAUCCUGAAGGGCCUGCAGUUUCUACACACACGAACCCCACCGAUUGUACACCGGGACCUCAAGUGUGACAACAUCUUCAUCACAGGUCCCACCGGCUCAGUGAAGAUCGGAGACCUGGGUCUGGCCACUCUUAUGAGAACCUCCUUUGCUAAGAGUGUUAUAGGUACCCCAGAGUUCAUGGCACCAGAGAUGUACGAGGAGCACUACGAUGAGUCGGUGGAUGUCUACGCCUUUGGCAUGUGCAUGCUGGAGAUGGCUACAUCUGAGUACCCUUACUCUGAGUGUCAGAACGCUGCUCAGAUCUACCGUAAAGUCACAAGUGGGAUCAAGCCUGCCAGCUUUGACAAAGUGAAUGACCCAGAAAUUAAGGAGAUCAUUGAGGGAUGCAUUCGGCAGAACAGAGGCGAACGGCUCUCUAUAAAGGACCUCCUGAACCACGCCUUCUUUGGCGAGGACACUGGGGUGCGAGUGGAGCUGGCUGAGGAGGACACGGGCUGCCAGGACUGCCUAGCUUUACGAAUCUGGGUGGAAGAGCCCAAGAAGCUGAAGGGAAAGCACAAAGAUAACGAGGCCAUCGAGUUCAGCUACGACCUGGAGAAUGACAGCGCCGAGGAGGUGGCACUGGAGAUGGUGAAGUCUGGGUUUUUCCACGAGAGCGAUGCGAAAGUGGUGGGAAAGUCUAUAAGAGACAGAGUUGCUCAGAUUAAGAAGUCUCGUGAGAAACGGCAGCAGCAGCAGGGUCUGGAGGAGCGCCGCGACUCCUCGGCUGUUCCUCCAGCUUCUUUUCCGUGUGUGCACCCCUCCUCUCUGGGCCCUGGGGCUGCUGCUGCUCCCGCUGCUGCUCCUGCAGGAGCCACUGGGGGGCAGGGGGAGGCAGAGGACCUGCCAGAGGUGGACCAGCAUGUUCGGCAGCAGAUCCAAAGCAGCACCACAUUUGGCCCUACAGAUGUGGAAGCUCUUUCUGCAGCCAGUGGAGAAUCAUUUGCAGGCGGACAGAGCCAAGCUUAUUCCUUAGCAGGAGAUUCUGGGAACCCUUAUGCUCUGGCUCAGACAAGCUACCCUGCUGGAACCUCUGUAGUGCAGAGUGCAGGGGUUGCAUCUCACCCCCAGAUGCUUCCUAUUGGUCAGAAUGGAGGGGUUCCAAAUGUGCCUAUUGGUCAGAGUGUUGGGGCAUCUGGCAUGUCCAUUGGCCAAAGUGGUGGUGGUGGGGCUGCAAGCAUUCCUCUGGCACAGACUUUCAUUCAACCAGUCGCUAUGGCAACACAGGUCUCAUCUGGUGUACCGCAGCAGUAUUCUCAGUCCCUUGCCCAGUUUCCCACGGACGUACCACAAAUGCCUCUCCACCAACCAGGAGAGGCCGCAACAACCCAUGCCUCUCUCAUACAGUCACAGUCACACAUAACCCCCAUUUCACCCCAGGCACCCAUUAACGUCCUGUCUACUUCUAUCUCUGCUGGGGAGCCCAUAGGACCAUCAGUUACUAAUGUGAUGCCACAAACUCAACAGACCCAGCCCAGUGUGCAGCAACCUGAAAUGGUUCAAUCCCAACAAACUGGAGUUCCACAGACCACACUGUUACAACAGCCACCGCAGUCACUACCAGCAAAUGUACAACCACAAGCCCAGGUAGUCCUGUUACAACAGCCGAUGGACCAGCUUCAGCUUCAGAGCAUGCAGAGCGUGUUACAACCCCAGCAGAUGGAGCAGCCAUUUAUCCCGCAGCAGCAGCAACAACAGCAGCAGCAGCAAACUUUGGCUCAUCCUCAGCAGAUAGAGUCACUGCAGCAGAUAUACGCAGCACAGCAACCUGUCGGAGUACAACAGCAGCCAGUAAUUCAGCCACAAGUCCAGCAGCAGCAGGUAUCAGUACAGCAACCCCCAAUGGUGCAACAGCAGCAGCAUCCGCAGCAGAAACCGCAGUUGUUACUGCAACCGCAACAAAAUCAACAGCUCUACAUGCCAAGACCAGCUGAACCGCAAGAGCAGACUGUGAUCCAACAACCGUCAAUGCUGGCGCCAAGCCCUCAACCGAUGCAGAUCAUCAAAAAACAGCAAGCGGCCCUUGCUUCACAACAGCAACUGGAGCAACAAAAGCAACAGCGGGUCUGUUUACAACAACAGCAGCAGCAACAGCAACAGAUGCUCAGUCAGCAACAACAGACUGCCGUGGUACAACAGAAGAUGGAACAACAGCAGCAAACUCUACAGCAGCAGAAGCAGCAAAUCGAGCAACAGCAAGCCAUCAUACAGCAGGUGGAGCAGCAGCGGCAGCAGCAGGCGCUUUUCCAGCAGCACCUAGGGCAGCAACAGGCUCUGCUGCAGCAACAGCAGUUAGAGCAGCACCAAGCCCUGCUACACCAACAACACCAGUUUGAACAUCAGCAGGCUCUGUUAAAGCAAAAACAGCAACCGCAGCUAGAGCAACAACAGGCUCUGCUGCAGCAACAGCAGCUGGAUCAGCAAUCUCUUGUGCAGCAACAGCUGGAGCAACAACAGGCACUUUUGAAACAACAGCAGAUAGAGCAGCAGCAGCAAGCUCUACUGCAGCAACAACAGCUAGAGCAGCAGCAGAAACAAGCUCUUUUAUUCCAACAGCAACAACAACAGCAGCAGCUAGAGAAACAGCAAGCCAUGCUACAGCAGCAGCAGCAACUGGAGCAUCAGCAAGCUUUGCUACGGCAGCAGCAACAGCAGCCAAUACUGCAGCAGACUUCUCAGUCUCAGCAACAGAUGCAGCAACAGGCAGAGCAACAACAAGCGUUCCCAUCGCAGAUCGAUCAACAGCAGCAGGCGUUACUACACCAACAGACCCUGCUACAACAGCAACAGAUAGAGUUGCACCAACAGGCUUUACUGAAGCAGCAACAGCAAGAACAGCAACAGAUGCAACAGCAGCAACAAGCCUUGCUGUUGCAGCAACAGCACCAACAGCCUAUGUUGGAGCAACAACCAACAACUGUUGGGCAGCAUCACAGUGGACAGCAGAAAGCUGUGAUUCUAGAGACGGUACAACAGCAGCAGCAGCAGCAGCAUCAAGCUCUACUCCAGCAGCAACACCAACAGCAAGCCUUGCUGCUACAGCAACAGCAACACCAACAGCACCAACAACAGUUGGAGCAACAGAAAGUUCUUGGGCAGCAUCACAGUGGACAGCAGAAUGCUAUCACUCUACAGACUGUACAGCAGCAACAACAGCAGCAGCAGCAACAGGCUUUACUCAAGCAACAACAGGAACAGCAGCAACAUCAAGCCUUGCUGCUACAACAGCAGCAGCAGCAACAGACAGUUAUUGGGCAGCAUCACAGUGGACAGCUGAAUGCGGUCACUCUGGAGACUGUACAGCAACAGCAAGCCUUGUUACUACAAAAACAGCAGCAACAACAACAGGAACAGCAAGCCUUGUUGCUACAACAACAGCAGCAACAACAGCACCACCUUAGUGGGCAACAGACACUCAUCACUCCAGAGGCAGUGCAGCAGCAGCAGGAUCUACUCAAGCAACAGCAGGAACAGCAGCAACAGCAAGCAUUGUUACUACAGCAGCAGCAGCACCAACAACAACAGCAGGAACAGCAGCAACAGCAAGCCUUGUUACUACAACAGCAGCACCACCACCAACAGCAAGAACAGCAGCAACAGCAAGCCUUGUUACUACAGCAGCAGCACCACCAACAACAGCAAGAACAGCAGCAACAGCAAGCCUUGUUACUACAACAGCAGCACCACCACCAACAGUUGGAACAGCAAACAGCUCUUGGGCAUCAUCUCAGUGGGCAACAGACAGUCAUCACUCCAGAGACAAUACAACAACAGCAGCAGCAGCAGGCUCUACUCAAGCAACAACAGGAACAACAACAAGCCUUGUUACUCCAACAGCAGCAACAGCACCACCAACAGAUGGAGCAACAAACCCUUCUUGGGCAUCAUCUCAGUGGGCAACAACAAGUUGUGACUCAAGAGACUAUACAACAACAGCAGCAACAGCAGGCUUUAGUCAAGCAACAGCAGGAACAACAGCAACAGCAGCAGCAACUACAACAUCAAGCUAUGUUACUACUGCAGCAUCAACAUCAGCAUCAACAGUUGGAGCAACAAGCAGCCCUUGGGCAGCAUAACAGCGGCGAGAAGCUAACAACAGGAAUGCUUGAGCCAGUUCAGCAAAUCAGCCAGAUACCACAAUGUGCGACUCCACAGAUUACAUCCCCAGCUCUUCAGUCUCACACGAGUCUUACUCAGCAACAAAUCGAGCAGCAGCAAGCAUUCAUUCAGGCACAGCAACAGCAAACCUUUCUGGCACAGCAACAACACAGAACCUCUAUUGUGGAGUCGCAGGUUCCAGCUGUUGCUCAUGCUGCUUCACAAAUGGUUAGCGCCUCAAUUCCAAGCCAGAUGCAAACCCCAGUACACAUUCAGCAGGUUAUACCAGCCCCAUCAGCUGCUCAGCCCCAAGCACAAAUGCAACAGCAGAUUCAAGGUGAUUCUGUUCCGCAAAUGCACGGGCAAAUCCCAGUACAGAUCCCUGGUCACUCAGUUGCGCAGUCCGUGGUUCCCACUAUGGUUCAGAUUUCUCAAGCAACUCAACAAAUCCAAGCUUCAGUUCUUGCCCAGGCUCCGGCGCAACCACAAAUUCAAGCCCACCCUUGUGAGCUUGUUCCAGCCCAGGCACAAGCUCAAAUGGCCAUACAGGCGCAGAGUCUUCCAGCUCAAGUUGUGCCACCUCAAGCUGUUGCUCCUGUCCUUUGUCAAGUCCCACCAGUAGCUCCAGCAGCUCUCUUACCGAGCCCGAUUCAGCCUCAAGUGCAGGCUCCUUCUGCUUUGCUGACAGCACAGUACACCCAAGCUCCACAGGUCAGUCAGCAGACCAUUCAGCCAGUUCGGAUGGACCUGAGACAAAGUACACAGCAUCAAAUUCCACCUCAGCAGUAUCACCAAACAGGGCAGUCUCCAGUAUCCGUGGGAAGUACCGUUACUUCUUCAUCAACUGCUGUAGUCCCUACAACAUUGGCUACCACUCAGCAGUACUUGCAGCAGACAGCCCAGGCUCAGAUUCAGACCCAAGAUCAGACCCAGAAUCAGGCUGUUCUCCAGGCACAUCAGCAGCCAGUUGGCAUGGCACUUCAGACUGUCAUGCAACCAAUUCCACCUGUGCAACCUCCACACAGAGUUUCUCAACACUAUGAGCAGCAGAUACAAGUUCAGCAGCAGCCCCAGCCAGUUUUAUCAUCUGUGCAGCAGACUCUUCCAUCACAGCAAGCUGCAAUGGCACUGGAUCUCAAUCAUCAAGCAUCUCAGCUGGCAUCUGCCUUGAACCCUGUGGUUCCUGCACAGGUCCCACCAAGCCAAAUCCCUCAGACACAAGUUCGUACCGCCCCACUUUACAGCCAGGUCGUCGCAGGUCCACCUUCUUCUCCACAGCACCAGCCUCAAGCAAUUACCCCUGCCAAUGCUCACACCCAGAUACAAACCAUUACUCACCCACAGACCCACAUCCAAACCCAGACACACACCGAGACCACGGGCACCUUCGUGGAGCCACCUUACCCCCAGGCUGCAUUUCAACUCCCUCAUAUUCCCUCCAGUCCAUCCCAUACAUCCAUUCACACUGCUAACACCCUGACCAGCCUCAAGCCAACUCCCCCAGCUUCUGAGCCCCGUGCCCCAUGUGAGGCGCAGCAAAGCCAGCCUGGUCUAACCGAUAUGGUUCCUACUUCGCCACCUCCUGUCAAUGCUUCACAGCCCCUCGGUUCUACCGGCCCUGCCCUUCCCCCGUCUUCACUGGCAGACUGUGACUCUGCAUUGCUGGGCAUAGCGCAGGAGAGUCAAAACCAGUCCGUCAACCGACAUUCUUCAUCAAGCUCUAUUCCAGCUAAUGGAGAAGACUCCCAGUUACUGUUGGUCAAUGGGAAAUUAGAGAGAGUAAAGGCUCAGAGGAGAUCUUCCUACCAUCGGCCUGAGAGAACGACUCACUUUCAGCUCGGCAUGCUGCAGGUAUCAAACACUGGAGACAACAUGGUGGAGUGCCAGCUUGAAACCCAUACUAACAAAAUGGUCACUUUCAAGUUCGAUAUUGAGGGAGAUGCACCCGAGGACAUAGCAGAUUAUAUGGUGGAGGAGGAUUUUGUCCUUGACUCAGAGAAAGAAAAGUUUGUAGAGGACCUGAUGGGAAUAGUGAAGAAAGCCCAGGAGAUUCUCAGCACUCAAUCACAGACUGGAUCUAUGGAGCAGUUACAUGUGAGCACUCCAUCAAGUUCAACAAUGGACUCGGCACCCCAGUCUUCUCCAGUGGGUCGCUGGAGAUUCUUUAUCAACCAGACCAUUCGUCACCGUGACACUCAGCCCAACCAAGGAGCCUCAACUCCACCUCCAGGAGGGGAGAGCCAGGAUUUUAAGACCACAGAAACUGAGAGAGCUUCAGACCAUGAGGGUUCACAGCAUUCAGACAACCUAUCUGGACUUGCAUCUCCGCCGUGUUCCUCACAUCCUCACUCGGUGUCUUCUCCUCCUGGAUCUUCUGUCUCUGUCCCAGCCUCGGCCACUGUUGCCUCUGUUGCCUCUGUUUCUGAUGCUACUUCUUCAGACUCCUCCUCCAUCUCUGCCCCACCUAAUCUUCUCAUGUUCCCAGCCUCGGCAGCUUCUGGAACCACUCAAGACGUAACAGCUACCCCACAUCCAACUGCUACUGGAAAUGUUUCUGCAGCCUCCAUUCAAGCUCAGGUUCCAAAUUUGGCUUCAACUGGCUUCCCAAUGACUGAACCUGUCCCAGUUCCUGCUACAAAAAGUGGACUUGGAGAUGCUGGUGCUGUUAAUAAUCGCUUGCCUGAAAGCCAGCAGAGUCUCUCAGCUUCUAUGUUAAAUCAUAGUGAGCAACGAUCACAACAGCAGCAGCAGCCGCAGAUACCACAGGCUGCAGUGCCAACAAUGCAGAAGGCUGCAAUACUCCAACAAGGUCCCCCACUUCUCAGCUCACAGCUCACAGAGAUCCAGCCUGUGCAGCCGGCAAUGGCCAGCAUUGACCAAGCUCAGCUGCAGCAGAAGCAGCAACUUCUUCUGCAGCAGCAACAACAACAGUUGCAACAGACUGUGCAACAGACCGUGCAACAAACAACGCAGCCAUCGGUGCAUCAGCUAACUCAACAGGCACAGCUUCAGCCUACCCACACGGACCCACACACCUUGCUACAGCAGCAUAAACCAGUAGAGAUGAUGCACGAACCUGUAGGGCAAAGCAGUUUUCCUGCAGCCGCUGAACAGCAAAAUGCUGCUCAGUAUUUGUCCUUUCAAGCUCAGCAUCCAGCAGUUUCUCACAUGCAUCCAGGUCAUCCGUUGGUUCUACAGCAAAUUCCCAAACAGGGACAACAGGAAGCUUCCCUACAGUCAAUAAAUCAGCAAACUGCGCAUCUACAGUCACAUAUUCUCCAACAGCAAGCCAGUCUGGAGCAGAUGCAUCCACAGACAGUGGUGCAACAACAACAGCAGCAGCAGCAACAAGCAGUUGCCAUGCAGCAAUAUGUGCAGCAGGAAAUGGUACAGCCUCCCAACACUCUGGCCAUGGCCAUGCAAGCGCAGCAAGGCUUCCCAACACAGAUCCCACAGGAUCCCUUACAGCACAGAGCACAGGUUCAGCCUAUGGUGGCUCAGCAGGUACCUGCUGAACAAAUCCACCCGCAGUCAGUGGUACAGCAGGUGUCACAAGAAACGCCACCCCCCUCUCAACCUGCAUCGGCACCGCCCGUGCAGAAGCAGCCAUCUUUCCAGCAGUCCGAAUCCGAGCUUUCCACCGGCGAGGCCAGCGUCACCGAUGAUAAUAACCAGUCUGCUCCUGCCCUGCCCUUAUCCGAUGCCUCUCUGCCCCCUCUCCCGCUCCUGGACACACCUCUGCCAGCCCUCACCCACGUCCUCACUCCCUCCCCAGCGCAGCCAUCCUCCGUGGCCGAAUCCGACAGCGAGGGCCCCCCGAAAAUCGACUUUGUGGACAACCGCAUCAAAAAACUGGACGAGAAGCUGAGGACACUACUGUAUCAGGAGUACAGCGCCACUGGAGCCACUUCAGCUGGCUCCGCCCCCGCUGCUACACACGCCCCUGCUUCAGCAACAGCCACGACUUCCGUCUCCACCGGAGCCGAUGAUUCCCAUUCGCUGCCUCCCUCUUCCUUCCAUCCUCCUCCAGCCUCCUCCUCCGACACCUCCCCACACUCCUCCUCCUGCACCACCUCUUCCACCACCCCACGCUCCUCUUCUUCAUCUCCGGAUGGAGAAAAGGAGAGAAUGGGAGAGGAGGGUGUGACCCUGCCUGCUACAGGAGCCUCCACUGCUGUGGAGCGCCAGCCCGCCUCCUCAGGCUCCCCUCCCUGCUCUCUUUUGUGCCCUCGGCAGGAGCCUGCGCCUGGACCGCCGUCGCCACCUGGUCCUGGUGAACCCACAGUGCUCGCUGCCCCCUCCCUCUCUGAAAGCAGUGCCCCCGGAGACGUCCCGUGGCCUCCCCCCUCCCAGCAGCCCAUCCCUCUGCGGCCGGGAGAACAGCAGCAACACAAUGCAGGAGGUGGAUAUUUUGGCCUAAACCUGACAUGUCCUAGUAUCAGAAAUCCUGUUAGCAAGAAAUCCUGGACUCGCAAAUUCAAAAGCUGGGCGUGCAAACUGCGCCACUCCGCCAGCUUGUUCAAGAAGCCCCGAGUCCAGCAAGAUGGAAACUCCAGCAGUCAGGGAGCGGGAGAAGAGAGAGAGACGCCCUCAGAUAUCCAGCCCUGCUCACGCAGAGGACGAUUUCAGGUUACCCCAGUGGUCCAGGCUGCAGACCCACCUGCUCCAUCAGAGGAAGCUCCAGUGGAGGGAGAUGUUCGCCGGCGGGUGGGUCGAUUCUCUGUGACAAAGAGUGAACAAAAAGAGGAGCAGCUAACGGACAGCUCGCCCAUCUCCCCAGACCUGGAGAGGGAGAGGAGGAAGAUGAAGGCAAAAGAAGGAGAAAAAGAGGAGAGGAGAACCCCAGUGCCUGGACACCACCCCCAGCGCAGCCACACACACUCUCCAAUAGGGAGCAGCGAUGAUGAGAGCGAGGUUGAGGAUGAGGACCUGAGGAAGGAGCUGCAUAAACUCAGAGAGAAACACAUCAAAGAGGUGGUGUCCCUGCAGGCGCAGCAGAACCGGGAACUGCAGGACCUCUAUCGGCAGCUGCGCAGCCUCAAAGACCACCGGCAGCCGCUGCCCCUGUCCCGGACCCCUCCGCUCCCCACUGCACCCCUGGCCAUCUCCCCGCGCAGGCCCCGCCCUGCCAAAACCAAGCUCCGCCCCCGACCCCACUCUCACAUGGACAACAAUGGCGUCACACACCAAGUGAGUCUCCAGCAGUCUAGCAGUUACUCUGGUGGAGAACAAACCAGACUGCGUUCCUACUGCAACCCAGACAAAACAGCUCCACCCACCAAGAGAGACCAAAGCCCUCCAGCCCAGGGUUCUGCCAACAGAAAGAGCACAUUCACAGAUGAUUUACACAAACUCGUAGAUGACUGGACGAAAGAGGCUGUCGGAUCUGCCCAACCCAAACCUUCGCUCAACCAGAUCAAACAGAUCCAACAGGUGAACGAGUUUGGUGGAUGGAAUCAGGCCACUGAGGCUACUCCUCCAGGAUGGUUCCCAUCAACGUCCCUAAAUCCCAAAAACGCUCCCGUAUCCACCAGUCUCUCCACCAUGACAUGCCCCACCUACAGCAGUGCAUCGGGCCAGGCCCAGCCGCCUCCCACGCAGCCCCCCAUCACCUCCCUGCCACAGCAGAGCCUCCACCUGCAGGCCCAGGCCUUCCCACCCCUGCAGUACAGCCAGCCUCCCCUGCACCUCCAGCAGGUGCAGCCGCUGCCGGGCUCCCUGCCUUUGAGCCAGCCGCCACAGCUGCAGCCACUGGCCCCAGUGCUGCCCUCCUCCACCCUCCACACCGCGCCCUCCUCCACCUCCACGCUCAUCAGCCCUGCAGGGCCCACCAGCAUCACCGCUGCCUCCAGCACGGCUUCAGCAUCCGCCAGCCAAGACGCCGUCACAGCAUCCACCUUCUGCUCCUGCUCCUCCACCAACUCCUCCUGCUCCUCCUGCUGCUCCGCAUCUGCCCUGACUGCCAGUGCCAAACUCCACCCCACGCCUCCCACCUCCGCCCUCCCUCUAGGACAGCAGUGAACUACAGACGAAUGGAAUAAGUCUACCGAGGAAGAGAGAGAGCGAGAGAGAGGAGUGUUUGAGAAUGUGAACGCGAAACAUGAUUAAUCCUAAUGUACAGAAGAAGAAAAAAUACAUUUAAUUGUACAGAACAGAAGACUAGGAGCUGGGAAGGGGUGCACAGGUCUUCUGAGUGUCUGGGUGCACAGGUGUGGGGUGUGUAAAUUAUGUAGUGGGUGUGUGUGUGUGUGUGUGUGUGUGUAUUUGUGUGUGUGUGCGCACGAGUGUGUGUGUGUUCACUUUUUUCUUUUUCUUUUUUUUUUUCUUAUUCAUUAUUUUCCUCUGUGUGUUUCUGCACUGUUGAGAUUUCUAUCCAACCCAGUUGGACCUCAACUCUCCCUAUAUUAUUAUAGAGAUGUGAAAGAAGAAAGACCCUUUUUUUGACAGGAAAAAAAAGGAAAGCUAAUUUUUUAUUUUAUUUUAUUUUUUAUUUCUCAACAGUUCUGUUGAAAGGACUUUUUUUGAGUUCUUAAGAAAAGUGCAAUUAGUACCUGAUAACUGAAUUCAUCUUUCUGUGUUGUCGUGAUGCGUGUCUGUAUAGCUUAAAAGACCUAUUUUUUUGAAGUGCGCACGGAGACAACAACCAGAUGUUCCACAGCGAGCCGCCAUUGUAAGAGAAUACAGCACAAAACGGACUCUGUCUCGACGAGCGGCGAGGCGGCGGCGGCGAAGCAGGUCCGCAUGUUUCGUGACGUGACAGAGCAUGGUAAACAGUUAUCAUCCCAGCUUUGAGGCCAACCUAUACACUGUCUGUGUACGGUGUAGUGCACGGAUUAGGCAUGUUCUUCUCUUUUACACUGAUUUGAUUAUUGUAGGAAAACCUACUUUUAGAAUAGGUGAAGGAUCUUUUAGAUAGAAAAUAACUUCAGUAGUGAUUGGCUGUCUAAACUUCUUUUUAGAUUUUAGCACUGGAUCCUGGAAUACGGUAGGUCUCCUAAAAGCCAUUGCACACCGAACGCAGCUCGCCCUUAAAACAAAGAUUUUAAAACAUUAAGAUGGUAAAGCAAGCUGACAACAUUUUUUGGAGUGUAGAUUAUUAAUAAUAUAAUAUACUGAUGUCAAACCUACAAUUUCUGGUUUAUUUAAUACAUAAGGCACCCCUGAUUUUAAGGUGCAUUAAGUGACACUAGUAAGGAUGCCUACUUCGAAGUGAGCAAGGGUGUCGCCAUGUUUCCCUUCUAAUGGGGAAGCUGGAAGCUGAUGUUAAUCUACAGCUUAGAUUUACAAUAUUUUGUCGACAUUUUGACAAUAUAUAAUCCAGUGCACCUUACCUUAAAUUUUGAAUUCUACCAGUCAGGUAUUAAGGAGCAGUAAAGCUACUCUGCUGAAGUGCAUUUACAGCAUUAUAAGGGUGAGUUUUUUAGUGAAGUUUCUCCAGCACUAACGCUGGGAGCAGCAGCAUUAACAAUAUAGCAUUAGCCGCUAACCGCAGCGCUAGCGAGAGGUAAUUGCCACCCAAUAGUGGUAGACUGAGGAACCCUGAGUGUUCCAGUAACACUGCAAAUCACCCAGACUACAGUCCAAUAUACUUGCCUCUGAACGAAAGAGCGAAAGAGCUAGCGCUGUGGUUAGCGGCUAAUGCUAAUGCUUAUGCUGCUGCACCCAGCCUUAUUGCUGGAGAAACGUCACUGAAAACUCACCCUUAUAACCGCUUUACUGCUCCUUAAUACCUGUCUGGUAGAACUCAGACAUAAGGCACACAGGAUUAUAAGGCAAACUGACUUUUUAGGAAAAUUAAAGAAUUUUAAGUGCGCUUUAUAGUCCAAAUAAUACGGAAUAUGGUAUCUUAUCAAAAUUGAAUUUUUAGGUGGCAGCGUGGUGCGUUCGGUGUUCAGCGGCCUUUAGUAUCCAAUCGAAUACAAAUUAAUGAAGCUAAUGUGAUUGCAGUACAGGAUUUCCUCUUUCUCAUUAGCAGACUCUUCUUCUUCUCUGUCCGAGGUUUACAGCAUUAACCCACAUCCCAUAAAACGGUGGACAUGCCGGAGCUUUAGUGACGCUUUGACUGAAGCAUCCUCUGCUUGGUCUUGUAUUUGUGUGUGUUUUGCACAGCUGCAUACAGUACACGCCUCCGAGCACUCCAAACUGUGAAGAGGUUACUGCGCUUUCUUUCUGUGAAGGCUUAAGCACCAUUACCAGAAGCUAUAGUAUAUUAUACAAGUGUGAAUAUAUAUAUAUAGAUAUACAGAUAUACACUGAUCAGCCGUAACAUUAACAGCACACUAUGUUGUUCAUCUUAUCAGCAGUAUUGUAUAAUUAUAGACUGUAGUUCUGUAUCUGUUUCUCUUUAUACUCUUUAUACUUUGUUUUAGUUGAGUGGUGGGUCAGAUGCAGCAGUGCUGCUGGAGUUUUUAAACACCUCACAUUCACUGCUGGGCUGAGAAUAGUGCAACAAUAGGCUCACAGAUGAUCAGCAAGAGUUUGGUGCAUGGAAUCAGGCCACUGAGGUAAUAACGCUUCUACUAAGCAAAUAUUUCGUCUGUAAAUAUACACUAGAUCUCUAGAGAUUAUCUCAUGUAAAUAUGAGAUUGUUUAACGCAGGGCUUUGCUGUUCUGGUCGAGCAGGAUUGGAGUGCUGCCUUAAUGGCUAAUAAUAACUUGCAUUAAAUCAGCCGUGUUUAAACAGGGCAUGAAAUUAAAUUGAAUUAAAGGCCAUCCAAAAACAAUCCUGUAAGCACUGAUGAAGUAUUAUAGAGCAGGGGUCGGCAGUAGGUGUCCCAUGGGCCCGAUGUGGUCCGCAAGCAUUAAAAAUGGGGACCUUGAGGUUACUAUAAACUAUAAAAGGAAACUAUAAUAACCGAAAAUGAAAAAAAAAUAAAAAUAAAAUGCUUCUCUGGUGAGCUUUUGUUUACAUCCCUCCCCUGUCUCUCUCUCUGUCGCGCUCAGCAUGAGUUUAGUGUUCACCUUCUCUCGUUUUUCCACCCAUUCUUCGGCUCCCUAUCUUCUUCGUUUUUUUUUUUUCUGAUCCACUCACUUUAACAGAACAACAACUAUUCAGUGCUCACUGCAGUACUGAGAAUCAAAGACCCACCACCCAAAUAAUAAUAAUAAUAAUAAUAAUACCUUGUGCUCAGAGUGGCCCGGCAGUCUAAAACCCCACCACUAAAAUAAGAAAAUCGAUGGUUCGAAUCCUGAUCAUGCAGCUUGCCAUCAGCUGCCAGAGCCCAGAGAGAGCACAAUUGGCCUUGCUCUCUCUCUGGGUGGGUACAGUAGAUGGCAUGCUUUUCCCUCAUCACUCCUAGGGUGAUGUGGAUCAGCACAAGGCUGCAUCUGUGAGCUGAUGUAUCAGUCGCUGCGCUUUCCUCGGAGCGUUAGCGCUGUGAUGCUACUCAGUUCAAAAAGAGGCCGAUUCUGACUUCACAUGUAUCAGAGGUGGUGGUGUGGCAUUACUAGUGAAGGGGGAUAUACAGCUGAGUAGUAGCUGAAUGGGUGGGUUUGUACGGUCAUGAUAAAUAUGGAAAAGUCAUGGAAAAUUUGGUCUUGAAGGCGUGGAAAAUUCAUGAGAAAAUAAUGGAAAUUUAUUGGUUAAAAAGGGUAUGAACCUUGCUAUAGCUAAAUUGGGAGAAAAUGGGAAAAAAUUGAAAUUUGAAUACAUAAAGUUUGCAGAGAAACAUAUACAAGACUAUAUACUACAGUUUGUAAUUAUAGAACUACAGAACAGAACAGUGCUCUGAUAUGCUCAGUGAUGCUGAUAACAUGGACUACAAUCGAUAAUAGUUAAUAGAUACUAGUUAAUUCUAUGGCUGAUCAACGUUUAUGUUCUGUACUUACUGAUGAACAGAUAAAACAGAUAAAAACUGCCAAGUGAAUUUAAGAGUGUAGGAGAUUUUGCACCUUGGCUGUCCUGACAGAAUGUUGCCUUUUCGAGUCGCUGUGUUUUACAGUACAGUAGCUACGUCAGAAGUCUAUUUCCACCCCAGAGAUUACGAGGUUCCUGUAGGUGGCACUGUGGCGGCAGUGUCCGGCCUCGCCCAAUCAGCACCUGAGAAAACCUGUUGUUUACAGAUGUUUACGCUUUACCUCUCCGUGCAAAUGCGAAUAAAUAAAUAAACUAACAAAUAAAAAUAUGGGAAAAGUGUUUUUUUUUAUUAUUAUUAUUUUUUUUUUCAGACACGCAAAGCAGUUGUCAAACAGCAAGUGGGCCUUUUGUUUUGGCCUCGUGCUUCAAGUGUCCAGUUAGACUCUUUUUUUUUUUUUUUUUUUUUUUUCCCAGGUUGUGUAUUUACAGUACAAUAGACAGAAGAUUGACCAGCAUCGCAUCGCAUCGUUCUGUGUCCGUGAAUGUGAUUUUUAACAGUGCGAGUUUUGGCGGAGCAUCAUAAGGUUGUGGUUAUGGUUAUGUACAGCUGGUUUUGGGUGUAAUAGAGUGCUCUAUUUUUUAGAACUACAGCAGUUGUGGAUUUGUAAUGUAACGUGCACAAGGACUACAGUGAGAGACGAAGGAAGGAAAAGGAAAAGUCAGAAAAUUAACUUAGGAAAAACGUAAAUCUAAUUUAACCUGUCUAAUUUGUUGUGUGUUGUUACGGAGUCAUGCUAUGCUUGAGCUGCUUUGUGGAUGUUUAAAAAAAAAACAGUGAAUAAUAGGACUGUGUGGUAUGUGUGUGUGUGUGUGUGUAUGGAGAUUUAUGGUUAAAAAAAAUCAUUUUUUUUCCAGAAAGCCUCUAUCGAUUUUUUUUUUGUUUGUUUUUAUCAUUUUCUAUACGGCGGCCCACACCUUCCCAGUAACCAAUGGCACAUAAUUACCGGCGGUGAGUUUACAUGUUGUCGAGUACGAGAUGGAGUCCGAGUACUGAGUACUAACUACCACAUCCACAACACGUCAUCACUCUUUACCGACAGGAACGGCGGGAACACGCCCCGCCCCGCCCUGUUACCAAGUGUUACCAAAAUGUAAUCUAAAAGAAAAGCAUUAUUUUUGUAUUUUAAACUGGGGUUGUAAAAAUGUAAAAUGAUAUACUGAAUGGUGUUUGAAAAAGCUGCAGUUACCAGUUAACGGUGGGAUGCAUUGGUCCUCAGCUCUGGUUGUCUGGGGGUCCCCUGCCUCAGCCGGAGCUCAGCCCUGAGAUUGUGACACAAUCUAAAAAAAAAAAGUCCAGUUUUAAUUUAGUUAAUUUUGUUUCAAUAUUAGUUUUUUUUAUCAUUAUUUUAUGUUUCGUUUCAUUUUUUUAAAUAUAGGAAAAUUGGAAUAUUUCCAUUUGAAUUGAAACUUUAAAAAAAUUGAUGUGCAAAGCUGUAUGUUGAACCAUUUCCACAGUCUACUGUCUCUUUGCUGAAAUCGUUAGAGUUUUUUUUUACCAGGGGACCCAGUAUUACUAAACUGAGCACCAAUGAUUCGAGGUUAUUUGAUCAAAAAUAAUCUAGAAGACUAAAACUUUUAUUGCCGGUGAUUUAGCUACUGUAAAAUUGUAACUAAUUCAAUUGUUGAUUUUAUUUAUGUUUUGUAACUAAUCAAAAAAUAAAAGAUGGUGUUAAACAUCAAA